AUGGAGGACUCUCAAGUAUCUCGUUCUAAAUCCAAAAUGAGCGAAGUAGCAAACUCCAACGUCGUCGUCAUCGGCGGAGGCAUCGUCGGCGCCUCAAUCGCCUGGCACUUAUCCUCCGAAACAAACGUAACCGUCAUAGCAGAAGACAUCGGCGGCGUAGCAACGUCCAACUCAUUCGCCUGGCUAAACGCUGCAUCGACAGAUAAGAAGUUCUACUAUGACUUCCGUCUUCGCUCGAUGAAGCGAUGGAAGGAAAUCGAACAGGUCUUUGAUUCGCUCCCGAUUCACUGGGGUGGUACAACGACAUGGGAUAAGUCACCCGAGCAACUUGAAGCCGCAAAGACCAAUGCUUCAGCUUGGGGCUACGAUGUUAUAAGGGUUGAUAAGACGGAGAUUGAGGAGAUUGAACCACAUGUUGAAGAAGCUCUUUUGCCUGAGUGGGGUCUUGCGUAUGGACAAGAGGGUGCUCUUGAGGCUGAGAUUGCUGCUCAGAAAAUGAUCGAGCAGGUCGAGGAAAGGGGAGGAAAGGUUCUCGAGACAAGAGCUAAAGGGUUCACCAAGAGUGAUGGUCGUAUCAGCGGCGUUGUUCUUGACUCUGGAGAGACUGUUCUAGCCGAUCAUGUCGUCGUGGCCGCUGGUCUGGGCAGUGUCGCCCUCCUCGCAACAGAAAACAUCAAACUCCCCCUCGAAAGUUCAGAAGGUCUCCUAGUCAACACAAAACCCACAUCAAAACGCCUCAUCAACGGCGUCAUCAACGCCCCCGAUCUUCACAUCCGCCAAACAGUCGAGGGAGCCCUACGCUUCGGCUCGAGCUACGCAGGCGGCGACCUCGGUGAUGACGCAGAAAAGACAGCACUGGAACUCUUCGCCAGACUACAAAAGUCAGUCGUUGGUGGUGAUGAGCUUGAGUACAGCCAUUAUACUAUCGGAGACAGGGUUUUGCCGGUGGAUGAUUUGCCUAUUCUUGGGGAGACUGGGCUUGAGGGACUAAGUGUUGCUGCUAUGCAUUCUGGUGUUACUAAUGGGGCUCUUGUUGGUGAGCUUUUGAGUAAGAUGAUUUUGACGGGGGAGAAGGAUCCUAUUCUAGAGAACUUCCGGCUUGAUCGGUUCCCUUGA